AGAAAUAUAACCUAUUGUCGAGAUCCGGCUGCUACAAGAUUUUUUGCUCAUGUGGUCGAUGUUAUAUUGGAGCGCAUCUCACGUCAACUGGCCAAGCAAACCAUAUUUUCAGCCUCUCUUUUGGUAGGCACCUGCGCAAAUACUUCCAGUGCUAUGCUUUUUCCCGCCGCUCCCGCCUCACUCAACAUCACUGGCAGCCUUGCAAGCGCCUCCUUUGGUCUCUCAAGCAAUACAACUGGACCACAAGGUUUUACGGACACACAUAAUCAUCAAGUUCAAGGUAUCUGCACAUCGAAUGGGGGGGGUUCGGCAGAGCGUACGCGCUCAUUCACGUCUCAGCAUCGUGGCCCCGGAUAUACCUCCCACGGGCGUGUAAUUGGAUUCGGAAGUGGCACCCCACGUGAUGUUUGUUUAACCAAUCAGCAAUGGCUAAGCAGACUAGCAGCCCACUCAAAAUUGACCAAUGUUCAGUCACUACUUUCCUCCUCUACAGGGCCCAAUAAAUCGAUUGUUUGUGCAAAGUCAAAUGGUUUAUUGUCUCUUGGCCAAGAGACCCAUCUGCACCGUAAUUGUCUAAGCCCAGAGCAGCAAUCGCUUGUGAGAAGCUCAAUAGAAUCAGGCCACUUUAAUCAGUUCAAGCAAGCCAACAGUUUUUCACGCAUGACUUCUUCAGGGCAAGGUAACUUUAACACAGAAUGA